GGCUAACGAGAAACUGAAGGGGGGCUAACGAGAAACUGAAGAGGGGCUAACGAGAAACUGAAGAGGGGCUAACGAGAAACUGAAGAGGGGCUAACGAGAGACCAAUGUGUGACCAACAACAAGGAUCAAAUUGGGGACUGAUGAUGGACUAUAACGAGGAUAAACCGAUGGACUAACGAGGCAUGGGAGAACCGCGGAGGGAAGUUGACUUUACAGAUUAUUUAGAGUUUGGCUCUCCCCGUCACGCUCUCAUCUCUCUCUUUGGAUUCUUAUAUCCGUGAUUUAAAUCGGAGUGGUCGGUUUUAUUAAGAUAAUUAGUGUUUAUGGAACAGAAGUCACCAAAUCCCGGCAGAAACUUGUAGAAUAAUAAUGUCACACAAUUUGUGGGGAACCUUUAUUGGCACUAAGUAAAGUCAAACAGUACUGUCCCCGAGUUUGUCUUUCAUUAAAUUAAAACACUCAGACUCAGCGGGGUGUGCAGGGGAGUCUUGACUUACGUAGAGAAACUGGAGCUGCCGGCUCUGCUUUCAGAUCAAAGCUGAGGACGUGACGAGGACAAAGUCCAGCGGUUAUCAGCUCUGUGGAACAGGGACUCAGAGGUGAGGAGAGCAGGUAGAGCGUUGCAUAAAGAGCGGAUUAAACACACAGCUGGCUUCUCUCUGAGAAGAUGUAACUCUGACUCGUCGGGGGGGUCGUGGAGCUGAGCCCCCUUCCUCUGGAGGCCUCACAGUGACCCUGUUUCUCACGCUGUUCGUGGGGAUGUUCGUUUUAUGCACCCUGGCUGUCCUCACCCUGCAUGGCCUCCUCCGGCGCUGGAACCACAGGGAGGUGGAGCCCGGGGAGCUGAGUGGGGGGGAGGCAGGGUCUCUGGGGAAGAAGAGACCUAGGAUCUGCAGGAGAGGAGGAAGAGCAGGAAGAGGAGGAGGUAACGACAGCAGGAGGCCAGGGCAGCCGGUGCCGCGGUCCUGCGCUCUGCUCAGCCCGGCGGCCAUGUUCAGCACCAGAAAGACCUGGGACCUCGGCCACGCCCCCUGCCUGGAGCUCUGGAAGAAAGACAUCUCAUUGGACGCGAGCUCUCUGGACUUCCUGAUGAGUGAUGGUGAAGACGACGCCUCCUUCCUGUCUCUGCCCAGCCUCUCGCACCGCCCCUCUCUGAGUGCAGAGCUGAGCGAAACAAGCGUACCCAGCCAGCAGUUGCUCAUACAGAGGGUCACCUGGUCCUGCUGCUGGACUCCUGCCAACACUCUACAGGACAAAGUGUGUGAGUUUCAGGCUCGUCUUCGCUCUGAGGAAGUCUCUCGUCACCUCCUGCUCCAGCAGCUGCAGCAGCAGAGCGAUCAGGAGAAGACGAACGUUCAGGAGCCGCCGGAGGAGCGGCCGCAACCCCCGCCCAACGGUGUGAGGGUGUUGCCUGGUGAACAACCGUCAGAUUGUUCCAGAAGUCCAGAAGAAGGGCAGCUCGUUACACGGCUGCAAAAAAAGGUGGAGGAGCUGGAGGAGAAGCUGGUGGAUCAGACCCAGGAGGUGGAGAGACUUCGCUCUGAGCUGGGGGCGACAGACCUGGAGAAGCAGCUGGAGCUGCUGGUGGUGGAGAACCAGCGUCUGAAGCAGGAGCUCAACUCCUGCAGGAGCCCCCACUGCGCCCACAGUCAGGAUGCGGAGUCUCUGCGGAGGGAGGUGUCCCGCUGGGAGAGCCAGGCCCGGCAGAGGGAGCGCCGGCUGGCCGAGCUGGAGCGGGAGCUGCUGGAGAAGAGUUCCAGGGUGGAGAGCCUCCGCCGACAGCUGGACGACUCCACCCGGCAGCUGGAGGACUCCACCCGGCUGCAGGAGGAGGCCAGGAGGAGGCAGCAGGAGACCGAGCAGAAACUCUGUCUCCGGCUGCAAGAGUGUGAGGAGGAGCUCUGCAGACAGGCAGCCACGCCCCCCAGGGUCAAGCUGGUGACGCAGACGGUGGAGGUGGAGUCUGCGGAGUCCCAGCAGGCGCUGCUGGAGCUGCAGAAGAAGAGCUUCGGGCUGCAGGAGCAGCUCGGCCUGCAGAGGGCGCUGCUGAGGGAGCUGGAGACGCAGCUGCACGACUCACAGAGGACCUGCGCCCAGCUGCGCACACAGAUGAUCUCUGAUCACCAACGUCUCGGUGACUUCCUCUCCGGCGGCGACGAGGCGGUUUGCACACCGCCUAAGAUCCUGGUGUACGAGGGGGAGAUGGAGCGCGCUCAGGGUCAGCUGGAGGUGGAGAUGCAGAAUCUGGAGGAGGAGAAGAACCGGGUCAUCGAGGAGGCGUUCAUCCGGGCCGAGAGCGAGAUGAAGGCCGUGCACGAGAACCUGGCCGGGGUCCGGAUGAACCUGCUGAGUCUGCAGCCGGCGCUCCGGACCCUCACCUCGGACUACAACAGUCUGAAGAGGCAGGUGCAGGAGUUCCCCUUCAUGCUGGAGAAGGCCAUCAGCGAGGCCAAGCAGGAGAUCUGCCAGGUGAUCAGCGAUGUGAGCAGCACCAACGAGGAGCUGCUGCGGAAAUACAAACGAGAGAUGAACCUGAGGAAGAAGUGCCACAACGAGCUGGUGCGGCUCAAAGGUAACAUCCGGGUGUUCUGCCGGGUGCGUCCGGUCAGUCAGGAGGAGCAGGACUCCGCCGACUCCAAGACGAUGCUGAGCUUCGACUCGGAGGACGACGCCGUGCUCUACCUCUGCAGCAAGGGCAAGACCAUGACCUUCGACCUGGACAAGGUGUUCGCUCCGCACGCCACGCAGGAGGAGGUGUUCCAGGAGGUCCAGUCUCUGGUCACUUCCUGCAUCGAUGGCUUUAACGUCUGCAUCUUCGCCUACGGGCAGACGGGCUCGGGGAAGACCUACACCAUGGAGGGGGCGGGGGAUAACCCCGGCAUCAACCAGCGCGCUCUCCGCCUGCUCUUCUCCGAGGUGACGGAGAAAGCUCCGGACUGGGACUACAAGAUCUCCGUCAGCAUGGUGGAGAUCUACAACGAGACGCUGCGGAACCUGCUGGGGGAGAACCCCUCCGAUAAGUUGGACAUUAAGUUGAAUCCUGACGGCAGCGGACAGCUUUACGUCCCCGGUCUGACCGAGUUCACCGUCCAGAGCCCCGAGGACAUCAACCAGGUGUUUGAGCUGGGUCACAUGAACAGAGCGACGGCCUGCACCAACCUGAACGAACACAGCUCUCGCUCCCACGCUCUGCUCAUCAUCACCGUGUCGGGAUUCAACGCCGCUACUGGGAACCGCACACUGGGAAAGCUGAACCUGGUGGACCUGGCGGGCUCGGAGCGGAUCGGUAAGUCUGGCGCUGAGGGCAGCCGCCUGCGGGAGGCGCAGUGCAUCAACAAAUCACUGUCGGCUCUCGGUGACGUCAUCAACGCUCUGCGAGGCAAACACUCCCACGUCCCCUUCAGGAACUCCCGCCUCACUUACCUGCUGCAGGACUCUCUGAACGGAGACAGCAAGACCCUGAUGAUGGUGCAGGUGUCUCCGCUGCCCGUGAACGUGAGCGAGUCGGUCUGCUCGCUGAAGUUCGCUCAGCGCGUUCGCAGCGUGGAGCUCAGCGCCUCGUCCUCCAGGAAACACGAGAACUCGUCCACCUCGUCCUCGCCGACGCACGACAGCGUCGAGCUGGACUCCCCCCCGGUGACCCCCCUCCCACUCCCCAUCUCUCGGGCGAGCAGCGCUGGCUCCUCCCUCUCUCUCUCCUCCAACUCCAGAACUCCCAGCAGCUCCAGGAGGAGAUCCCAGUCCCAGCUGUCUGCAGACAGGCAGGUAGACAGAGCCAGCCCAUUGGUGGGGGACGGUGGGCAGGACGACUGAAGAUGACGGCGUAAGGAACCCGGUGGCGGUGCCGUUAGACGCUCGGUUCUCCAUGAUUCCCUCUUCAGCCACGGGAGGCAGGAGCUGAGACUGCUGGGACCUUCACGGGUUGAUCCCAACAUGGCCUGGCGCUAAACGUUUUUUCUUGCCGUGUUGAUGGACAUCUCAAAGCUCUCGCUCCUCCCGUCUGGACUGAUUCUCUGAUGAUCCCGACAGUAUACGCUUUCCAAUCUCAGUAUUUCUCUAUCGUUUCUUUGUAAAGUCGCACUUUAAAUUUUGAGAUUAUUUUCUAACCCACAGUUCCAGAUGUGGUUGAUUUAUAAUAUAUGCAUAAUAUGGUUAUGUAUUUAUGUUUGACUCGCUUUAAUCUUGUUUUAUUUAGGGAUUUUUUUGCCCUCUUUGAUUGAAGAUGUGGACCCCGUGAUGAGGGGUUAAUUUGAACAUUCUGAGAUGAAAGCGCUUCCUUUCUUUUACUCUCAGGAUGUAUAAAUGAACCUUUCAUCACGUAUUUAUCGCCUUCUGUAGUUUUCUAACGAAGGCUUUGUGUCCUUUAUCCAAUCAGGGUGCUCCACACAUUUUACAUUCUUCAUGCUAACGAGGCUUAGUCUUCCUAAAGCUUGCCGAACAAAAAGUAAAAUCUUUACUUUGUUUCUCGUUAAGCUCCGGCUGAGUCACCUCUGUUAGAAAACAACCGUAGGAAACCACAGGUGACCUUUGACCUGGGACAGGUGUGUAGCUGGAGCCAGUAGUUAGCCGUAGUCGUAGUGAACAGGAAAUGCUAAAAGGCGCUGAGCUGCUGUGUCGUUGAUGAACAUGUCUGCUUGCUUUGUCUCUACAUCUCUACGCUGUUGUUUUUGUAUUCCCUUUUUAAAUAAAGAUCAUCCAAAACAAACA